AUGUCCUCUGCCGUCUCACCACCAGACGAUGCACUUAUACCUGUCGUAAAGACACUUCGGGCGUCGCUGCCCACCUUGGGAGCGGCAAAAUUGCUUGCUGUUCUCCUGACAGAGCACCCAGAAUGGACAGUGUCUGAAAAACGCUUCAAGAAGCUUCUUCAGACUGAGGGGCUCGCACUGUCUGGGGGAGCCGUGGGGGCAACAAAUGACAAGAAGAUAAAGAACACUGACACCAAAACCAACAAAUACCCCGCAUCGAAGCUCAACCCGCAUCUUGACAUCACGACAUUUUCCGAUAAAAUCGACGCUGUAUUCAUUAGUCCGCAGAAGGGAAAGGGGCUAGUAGCUAAGCUUCCGAUCGCUGAAGGGGAGGCGCUUUGGAGGGAGGAUCCGUUCGUGCAUGCCGCAGACUGGGACGUGUUUGACCUUCAGCAAUCUGGCAAUGCCUGUCAAUACUGUGCACUUCCCUUCAUACCUGCACCUCCAACGCUCGCAGUCUCGUGCCCUGCCAUAUCCCACGGCUGUAACGCAGCAUUCUGUUCUCGUCUUUGCUUAACGCGUGCACAGCAGGGUGGUCACUCUCUGCUCUGCCGCGGUCGCAAUCCUCCUUCGAAAGACCUGUUAGACUUUGCACGAAAAGAGCAAUGGCGCGCGGUGAUUGCUCUCGCGGUUGCUGUUGCUAAAAUCAUGACCGCCUUCGAGCGUUCCGAUUCUGAAGGACAGGAUAUGCUAGAGGCAUGGGGAACAUUCGCGACCCUCGACCAGGAAGAUCGAGCAAAGACGCUACCAGAGUGGGAGUUCACGCAAGAGAGGCACAGAGCGCUGUGGAAUAUGGACUACGACCAUUUCGUCACCACUCUCUGCCCUCCAGAGACGGAUAAAGCGGCGCAGACGAGACUGAGGAAGAUCGUCAAGAAGACGCUGUCAGAGGAUGUGCGGACGGAGUUGUUCUCGUACCGAGGAUUCCUCCGUGGACUGGGUCGGGUGUCACUGAAUCUCGACUCGCAUGGUGGACUCUUCCUCUUGCAUUCCCAUAUGAACCACAGCUGCAUCCCCAACAUGGCAGUCAAGCACCCACCGGCUGCCCAGGCACAAAAGUACCCCAGCUCUCGCAUCGCCCUCGUUGCGAAUCGGGACAUCCAACCGGGUGAGGAACUCACGGUGACAUACGUCAACCCGACGUGGCCGUAUCGACGUAGAAAGGAGGAACUGAAAGAGUGGGGUGUCGAAUGCGACUGUGAGCGUUGUGAGCAGGAGAAGAAAGAUGAGCCUGAGGAGGAGGAAGAUGAGGAGGCGAAUGAUCUGGCGAGGGAGCUGAGGAUGAGCUUUGGUGUGUGAUGUGCCGUGCUGUAG